CCAUGAGCCCCUAGGGCCCCAGCCCACCGGCACCGAGGCGCCCCCUCCCCUCUGCCACCUCGCGCCCGCCCCCUGCCGCGCGCGAGCCAAGGCCGGCGCCCCGCCCGGAGAUGGGCAGACGCUUAGAUGGCGUGGCUCCCAGCGCCGCCAGAUCGCAGGAACCAGGCGCCGGGGCGUUGCGCUGAGGCUUCCUCUCCGCGUGGCCCGGGAAGCCUGCAGGUGUCCUUGGCCGCUCGGCCGCCGCCCCGGGUACUCCUUCGCCAGUGCCCAGAGCCCCGCUCCGCAGAGCGGCCCCGCCCCCCAGGCUCGGCGCCGCGCAGGACGCCCCGUCUGAGGCCCCCCCGCCCCAGCGCGGCCCCCGCAGCUCCCAGCCGCGGACGCAGGACCCGAGGCUCGCUCCUGCGGGCGCGCUUGUUUUCCAGCUGCCGCCUCGCCCUGCGCAGCCCCCGCCCACCCGGCCGCCGCGCUCUGCUCUGCCCCGCCUGCCUUCCUCGCCCGGCGCUGGAUUUAUGAAUGGGGGGAAGAGGCCACAUGCCGCCGCCGCCGCCUCGUGUUGACCGCAAGCAGCCCGGACCCACGGAGCUCCGGCUGCCGUGAGAGUGUCGGCCCGGCCCCGGCAGCCCCUCGGAGGACUUGUUGCUGCUGCGCUGCCGCCGCUGCGGGGAAGCCGACUGCUCCGGGGCUUGGUGCGGUCUGGGAGCCGGAGGGUGGCCUGUGUGAGUGUGAGCGCGAGCGCCCGGGACCUUCGCCGUGCGCGUGGACUGUGCGCUUCCUCGUCUUUGGUCGGGGUGAAGGCGGGGGCGUGUCCCCGGCCCAGAGCGUUUGUGUGUCCCGUCCUAGCGGGGGACCGUGUGUGUGCUUGCUUCUACUUCCCCGGGUCCUCCCACUCUCCUCCUCCCUCUCUCCGGAGCUUCCUGCCCUAACCCCAACCACCUGUGUACCGGAGAAAUCCAACUCCUCCCGCUCCGCGUCCUGGGGGGAUAGGCAGGGGCAGGGCCAAGCCGCAGAGGGGGCCGCCACCGCCUCCUGCCUCCUCUUCGCCUCCUCCCCCUCCCCCGUCUGACGCUGCCUCCUCGGGAAGGGUGUUUGGAGGGCAGCGGCCGCCCCAAGCCGGAGCCCCGCAGCGCUUCUUAUGAUCAGCUCGGUGUGUGUCUCCUCCUACCGCGGGCGCAAGUCGGGGAACAAGCCUCCGUCCAAAACAUGUCUGAAGGAGGAGAUGGCCAAGGGCGAGGCGUCGGAGAAGAUCAUCAUCAACGUGGGCGGCACGCGACAUGAGACCUACCGCAGCACCCUGCGCACCCUACCGGGAACCCGCCUCGCCUGGCUGGCCGACCCCGACGGCGGGGGCCGGCCCGAGACCGAUGGCGGCGGUGUGGGCAACAGCGGCAGCAGCGGCGGCGGGGGCUGCGAGUUCUUCUUCGACAGGCACCCGGGCGUCUUCGCCUACGUGCUCAACUACUACCGCACCGGCAAGCUGCACUGCCCCGCCGACGUGUGCGGGCCGCUCUUCGAGGAGGAGCUCACCUUCUGGGGCAUCGACGAGACCGACGUGGAACCCUGCUGCUGGAUGACUUACCGGCAGCACCGCGACGCCGAGGAGGCGCUCGACAUCUUCGAGAGCCCGGACGCAGGCGGCAGCGGCGCGGGGCCCAGCGACGAGGCCGGCGACGAUGAGCGGGAGCUGGCCCUGCAGCGACUGGGCCCCCACGAGGGAGGCGCGGGCCAUGGCGCCGGGUCUGGGGGCUGCCGCGGCUGGCAGCCCCGCAUGUGGGCGCUCUUCGAGGAUCCCUACUCCUCCCGGGCCGCUAGGGUAGUGGCCUUUGCCUCUCUCUUCUUCAUCCUGGUCUCCAUCACCACUUUCUGCCUGGAGACCCAUGAGGCCUUUAAUAUCGACCGCAACGUGACAGAGAUCCUCCGCGUAGGGAACAUCACCAGCGUGCACUUCCGGCGGGAGGUAGAGACAGAGCCCAUCCUGACCUACAUCGAGGGCGUAUGCGUGCUGUGGUUCACACUGGAGUUCCUGGUGCGCAUCGUGUGCUGCCCCGACACGCUGGACUUCGUCAAGAACCUGCUCAACAUCAUCGACUUUGUGGCCAUCCUGCCCUUCUACCUGGAGGUGGGGCUGAGCGGCCUGUCAUCCAAGGCGGCCCGCGACGUGCUGGGCUUCCUGCGCGUGGUGCGCUUCGUGCGCAUCCUGCGGAUCUUCAAGCUCACUCGCCACUUCGUGGGGCUGCGCGUGCUGGGCCACACCCUGAGGGCCAGCACCAAUGAGUUCCUGCUGCUUAUCAUCUUCCUGGCCCUGGGUGUGCUCAUCUUUGCCACCAUGAUCUACUACGCUGAGCGCAUUGGGGCCAGGCCCUCCGACCCUCGGGGUAAUGACCACACCGACUUCAAGAACAUCCCCAUUGGCUUCUGGUGGGCUGUGGUCACCAUGACGACACUGGGCUAUGGAGACAUGUACCCCAAGACGUGGUCAGGCAUGCUGGUAGGGGCACUGUGUGCGCUGGCUGGCGUGCUCACCAUCGCCAUGCCGGUGCCUGUCAUCGUCAACAACUUCGGCAUGUACUACUCCCUGGCCAUGGCCAAGCAGAAGCUGCCCAAGAAACGGAAGAAGCACGUGCCACGGCCGGCCCAGCUGGAGUCACCCAUGUACUGCAAGUCUGAGGAGACCUCCCCCCGGGACAGCACCUACAGUGAUACCAGCCCCCCUGCCCGGGAAGAGGGUAUGAUCGAGAGGAAACGGGCAGACUCUAAGCAGAAUGGCGAUGCCAACGCAGUGCUGUCCGAUGAGGGAGCUGGCCUCACCCAACCCCUGGCCUCCUCCCCUACCCCCGAGGAGUGCCGGGCCCUGCGACGCUCCACCACUCGAGACAGAAACAAGAAGGCAGCUGCCUGCUUCCUGCUCAGCGCUGGGGACUAUGCCUGUGCAGAUGGUAGUGUCCGGAAAGGCUGUGGAAAGUCCCGAAGUCUAAACAACAUAGCUGGAGCAGCUGGAACCAGCCUGGGGCUGUCUCCACUGGCAUCGCGAUACAGCUCGCCCUACCCUCUGAGAAAGUUCCUGCUGACCCCCUUCCACCCCCUCACCGGCCCAUCCCCUGGUCACUCUGCCCCUUAGCUGCACCUUCCCCUCUGGGCACACACGCACAAACAGGCACCCUUCCAUGCCCUCAGCACUCACUCCCCAGGGCCCACGGGGGCAGCAGGAGGGAGCAGGGGGGAGCAGUCAGGACAGAGGAGAACUUAGGCCCCCAAGCCUCUCCUCCAUAGCUCCCAGCUUCCCAAAACAUUCAGCUCUGGAACCAGAGAGCAAAGGGGAAAGCGAUCCCAGAGCUUCUCCCCAUUUUGACCUCUUCCUGGGCUGUAGGUGCACACCCCGGACCUGUUUUUCGGCCUUGCCUCCCUCUCGGGGUCCCACCAGGGCCAGUCUCAGCCACCAGGCGUUUAUGUGUGCACAGAGCGCCUGGGGCCAGUCAGCCUUGCUGGGGAGCCACGCCUAUGUUAAUAUUUUUAAUCACUGCGAAUGUAUUUCCAUUCCUCAUAGCCUUUAACCAGUAGCUGAACAGCCUGUCUGUCUGUCUGUCUGUCCACCCCACACCCAGACCAGCAAGGAACAAGGCUGUCAUGUCGGGCAUCUCUGCUGGUGUAAAGGUGGUUUGACUCCUUGGAAGAGCAGUGCCUCUGGGCAGUGCUGCCCUGGGAGAAGAGGCCUGAUGUUUUCUAUCCCUGGCUUGGGGCGCAGGUAGGGGUCCCUAGUGUUGUAGCCUCAGGCUUGGUGCAGGCCGUGGGCGGGCUGCCUAGGCGAGGGAGGCCCUUCCCUCAGGAAGCCUCUGCCCAGAUUCAGUGGUGACUCCCACUGGCGGCACCUGGUGUCCCUUCUGCGCCCCGAGCUGCAGCAUCACUCUCCACGCUGCUUCCUCUGCUUCUGCGACAGUUUUUCUUCCCUCUCCCUCUCUCUCAAACUCCCAGCCCUGCCUCUGAGUCACCUGCCGUUCCCACCCAGCCUCUGCGCUCUGUAUUCCUGCCAGAACCGGAGACUCAUCUAAUUUCUAUAAUUAAGUGUAUUCAUUUACCUAACGAGCCCAGGAGCACAACAGGUUUGUGAGUCACUGGGUGAGCAGGGGUACACCUUGCGCAGGGGCAGCUGAGGGGAAGUGUGGGGACAGAAGCCGUCUUGCCCCCACCUGCUCCUGCCACUCCCAGGAAGGGGGCCCUCCACAGCCUGAGGAACAAGGUUGCCUCAGCCAAGACUUUUCCUGUUUCACCUGAUGGGAAUUAGACCUGACAGCAGAGCCGUGUGCCUGGCAAUUUUUAGAGCCAGAUUAUGCAAUUUUGCGGAGAGAAUGACUAAGUAAGGUCCAGAUCUGCUCCUUCCAUGGUCGGCAAAGAUAGGAUGGCAGGGCAGCAUCAGGGCUGGGCAGAGGCUGGGAAAUCUGAAGCUCCCUGAAAGGCGGACUGGGCAGAGAAGAUUAUUGCAUGGGGUUGGGGGUGUUGUGUAAAGCCUGUGCCCGGAGUGUCCGCAUCUUGGCACCUCCCUCAGUCUUGGGCAGACACAGAAAUGUCCUUCUGGAAAGGUCUGUUCAGAGUGGGCACUGGGAUACCCCUACCCUGCAGUGGUUUGUGGGGCCUGCCUCCCACUUGCUGUCAGAAUGAAGCGACCUGACCCAUAAGAAUUGAGAAGAGGGGAUGUGGGGGCCUCCAUGCAACUGCCCUUCAGGAGGGAGCAGGCCCUUGAAGUGACAGGGAUGGGGAAGCCUGUGGAACAGGAUGGAGAUGCGAGGGCCCCUCCCCCAACAGCGAGAGGGCUCCCUGGCACGGAGGGCCUGGGCUCUGACAGGGACACAACGAGCCGGGUAUGCAGGUUCACAGGGAUGCCACCACUUUUCUCCUCUGACUUGCCUUUCUGGUUCAGGGAACCGAGGCCGCUAUUUCUGUGGCAGCCCUCAAGUUGUCAGGAGCCCAAGUUUCCACGGCACCCACCGCCUCCUUCCCUCUCUUCCCUCCCACAGGGCUGGGCCUGCUCAUGGCACCCCUACGGUGGGCACAGAUGUCCCUGGGCGACAAGAUGCAGCAUUGCCAGGCUGGAGCCCUAAUGCCUCGGGGAGCUGGCUCCCACACAUCCCUCCUGGCUCUCUGGCUUCAUCUGGGAGAGAUAGAACCUAGAUAGCAGGAGGGCUGAGUAGACCGUCUGCCCUUACAACCUCUCAGCACCUCUGGGCCUGCCCAGGGCCCUGGGAAAGGGCAGGGUGAGCCCAGGCAUUUGCAGAACCCCUGCAUACCAGGCACUGCCACAGGAAGUGGCUGCCUGUAUAGGCGUCAGGCUCACCCAGGCCUUGAGCCUCCCUCCUUGGGAGAAGGCUCUCUCCCACCCACCAUCUGAGAGUAGAGUUUGUUUUCCUUGGGCUAGACUUGGACCUGCACCCACUACUUUGCUAUCAGACACCUUUCCCCUGCAGCUGGAGCUCAGCCCCUUCCCAUAGAACUGGGAGGCAGUCUGGGUAGGAGUUCACAACCUCACCUUCCAGUCUGUAGCAGGGUUACUGGCAACCUAGAGGCCAAUUUUCAGGGCUUCUGAGAGGUAGAACCAGAGGGGAGGGCACUGCAACCUAGAAGCUGGCUGACAGGAGCCAGAGGGGAGGCCAUGGACUGGCCACAGGGUACAGGCUGCCCUUUCAUAGAGCUUCCUGGGAAAGGAGGGCCUGCUGUGCUCUGGCCAGUGUCACCCUCUGAAAUUCCUGCCCCACCACUGGUGGGUCAAAUAGGUAAGAAUCCAGGAUGAGAUUCCUAGGAAGACCCCUCUCCAACUCUCAGAGGUCCCUGAAGAUGGAGAGUCCAUGGAAGCCAGUGGAAAAGCAAUCUAAGGCCAUUAUCUCAGUAUGGGCUGCUCUGCUCCCUGGCUUCUGGGACACUUGACAGCCUUGCUGUGAUUCUUUCUGUCUCAUCCUAGACCCCUCAGUAGCCCAGGCAUUCUCACCAGUGCAUCUUAGGGCCUAAUUGCCUACAGGGAGCCCAGAGGCACUCCCCUGUCCUCUAAUGAGUGGGGGUCAGUGGCAGGUGUUGCUUAAGUUACGCAGACAGGAGUACAGGGCAGGACCACAGCUGUCUGCAUGUCCUCAGAAAUGGGGCUCUGAAGAACCCUGAACUCCUCUAAUUUCAAGGAUAGUACUCAGAGGCCCAGAAUACUUGUAGGCAAAGGGGCAGUGUUUAAGGAGGUGACUGGGGCAUACAGUCUUAAGAAGAUGGAAACAGCAUCACCCCAGGAUGAGGACACCCCUUCCCUAGAAAGGUGAUGGGGGCACCCCGAAGCCCAGGAUGGAAGCUGUGAGGUCUGGAUGCCACAUCUGCACUCCACCUUGACAGGAGGCCUAGCCCUAGACCUCAGACCCGAGAGCUGCAGGGGUUGUCCCAGCGGGUCUGUAACUCCCACCUCUGCUAUUGACCCAGAUCUGCAGCUGGGACAGCAGUACUCCUACCUGCGCUACCUGUGCUCCCACUGGUAAGGUAGGGGCAAGAAAGGCCCAGGUCGUAGACAUCCCAGGCUGAGGAUGGGAUCCCAAAAGGGCUCUCUGAGGGGUUGGGUUUCUCAAUAAGGUACUAUUUCCUGACCUUCUCUCCUGAGACAGGCACAUUCGUCCUCCGUGACCUUCCCCUUCAGCAUUCACCUGAGGCUGCAUGCCCUCCAACUGCUGGGACUCUGUU